UCAGGACAAACCCUGCGACUUCUCCAUCAAGCACGACCGUGUUGGGCAGAGAGGCAUCAAUACUCUGCCGAGGGCCUGACCCUUACCAUGGCAAUUACAAGCAGUGGGUGUCAGACUUGCAAAAUCCGACGGAUCAAGUGUGACGAAGGAAAACCAGUUUGUAAGCGGUGCACCAAAUCUCGAAGAGUUUGCCUACCUACCGACGCCGUUAAGCAAGCAAUUUUCUCAAUCCACGUCGAGAACCGCUAUGCAAGUGGCGAAAUCCGGCGCCCCAGAGGUCCUCGUUCGAGCCUGACCCUGCUUCGUCCGCACUUCGACAUCCAGGCGCGCGCACAGGCAUAUUAUCUCCACUACUAUGUUGAACCGACGCUAGAACUGCCGCAUCUUACCACCUGCGUGGCCGGAUCCUUGUUGGCCUGGCAAGAAUCCCGACGCAAUCAUGCUGGUCCAAUGAUCGAUGUUGCCUUGUCGGCACUGGCACUCGCCAUCUUCGCAAAAACCCACCAAGUCAAGGCGGCCGCCAUGGAAGCAUGGUCGGUGUACCACCGCCUUCUGGGCAUGACUAGGGAACGAAUCCCUACCAUGGACCAGGAGAAUAUUGAGGCCUGCCUUCUCACGGUCUUGCUGAUGAGUCGGUAUGAAGGGUCUAUGCACUACCCGGCAAAGUUUGCUUCAACGACGAAGGACUCGUUCAUGGACUUGCGCAGUUGGCUCCACCACGACGGAGCACUGGCGAUUUUGAAGGUGUGGAAUGACAAUCAGAGCCACCUCGGUUCUGCAAGCUGUAUUAUCAAGCAUGCACGCAGGGGAUCCAUUCAAUCGGCUCUUCUGAGAGGUCUUCCACUGGCGGACUGGCUUCUAGAUGGUGCACGGUUUGGCGAAAAAGGCCAUCAGCUCGAGUAUGAUAGGAUAUUGGUGCGGACGGUCAAUCUACGCCAUGCAAUGUUCCGGCUCGGGCAGCAACGUUAUGAUGCUGACUUGGAUGCAAUUGGAGACCUGGACUGGGAAGCGCAAGAGAUUGAUAAGGCACUGAGAGAUUAUGCUACGAACAUUCCCUACGCUGGGUCUAUCCAGUGCCACGUUCUUAACGAGCAGGUGCAGAAUUGGACCUGGCCUAGAGUACAUUUCUUUUCGCCGACUGUAUGCACCUAUGAAGGGUCUGGCUAUGCAGCGAUGUGGACGAUAUACUAUGCUGCGAGAAUACUGGUGAACAGCACGUGGCUGCGGAUCCUUCGACUACAAAGCUCAAAUGAAGAGGCGGGGUCAAUAUACGACCAGAAAAGGCUCCGAUGUGCUGCCAAUCUGAAGGAGAUCGCCGAUCACCUGGCAGCAGCCUUGCCUUUUGUUUUGGACCGAGUCAAGAUGGACCAUCCCAAUCCGCCGUCAUGCCAAGGGUCGAUCAAGAUCAAUACAGACGAGGUUGUGAAACCUCAUCUGGCGACGCUGAUGGUGUGGCCGCUGACCGUCGCUUCAAGCGUGGAAGGAAUUGACGGGAAGCAGCAACAGUGGUUUCGAUCCGAGCUGGCAAGUAUCGGGAGGAUAGUUGGCGAUGGCAUUCUCGAGUGCGCUGACACCAAGCAUUGGGCUCUCAUGUAG